AUGAGGCUCUCGAUUUUCACCAAGUUCACUCCUCUUAGGUUGCUUUCUGUUGCUGACACUCGCUUUGCCUCCAUCAUUGUGAUGCUUAAGAGAUUGAAACUUAUCAAAAGGGGUCUUCAAGCUAUGGUCAUAAGCGAAGAAUGGUCUUCUUAUAGAUUAGAUGACACUGAGAAAGCAAACUCUGUGAAAGAAUAUAUUUUGAAUGAUGAUUGGUGGGAUAAAGUAACAUAUAUUCUUAGUUUCACUGGACCUAUAUAUGAGAUGAUUAGAUCUUGUGACACUGACAAGCCAUGUUUACACUUGGUCUAUGAGAUGUGGGAUUCUAUGAUUGAGAAAGUGAAGAUUGAGAUCUACAAGAAAGAAAAACGUCCGGCAUCUCAAAUAAGUUGUUUUUACGACGUUGUGCAUCGUAUUUUAGUGGCUCGAUGGGCGAAGAAUAACACUCCCCUACAUUGUUUAGCUCACUCUUUACAUCCAAGAUAUUAUAGUGAUGCAUGGUUAAUAGAGGAUUCUACAAGAUGUGCUCCACAUAGGGAUGGAGAAAUUUCACAAGAAAGGAUGAAAUGCUUUCGAAGGUUGUUUCCUAAUGAUGAUGAGUAUGACAGAGUCCUUGAUGAGUAUGCCAUGUUUUCAAUGAAGAGUGGUCCUUUUGAAGAUUUAACAAGCAUUUCAAAGAUGGCUACUAUGGAACCCAAGAAUUGGUGGGUUAACUUUGGUGCUCAAACUCCUUUUCUCCAGACUUUGGCUUUUAGAUUACUUGGACAACCUAGUUCUUCUUCUUGUGCUAGGCGUAACUGGAGUACUUAUGCAUUUAUUCACUCGCUUAAAAGGAACAAGUUGACUACAAGUCGUGCUCAAGACUUGGUUUACAUCCACAAUAAUCUCCGACUUUUGUCAAGGACUCCGAAAGAUGAUGUAAAGAUGUGGGAUGUGGGUGGAGAUGCUUUUGAUUCAAUGGAAGACGUCGGGUUUUUGGAGUUUGCAGAUCUCUCACUAGAUGAACCCGAUUUUGAAAAUGAUUUAAUUAUUGAUAAUUAG